UUCCAUCUUUUUCUUUUUUUCAUUUAAUUGAGAUAGUAAAUUAAUUUCUCAUUUACUACAUUCUUUUUGUGAAUUAAUGGAGAUAAAACUAGUCUACGCUCACCCUCGGCGGUAAUUUCUGGCUUGGCCAUGCACGUAGCUUCGCUAUUCUGGGCAAGGACAAAGGCUCUUCUCUUCAAUAAGCUCUUCUCCACCACCACUUCCACGAACCCUCAAAACAGUUCUCUCAUUUCACACUAUUUUGCCCUUCUUCACUCUUCCCCUAACCUAACCCAUCUGCGCCACCUCCAUGCUCGCUUAAUCCGCACCUUCCUGUACGACAAUGUAGUCCUCAGUUCUAAGCUGGUUUUGAUGUACUCACAUCACAACAAACUCAUUCCUCAUUCUCUCUCUGUUUUCUUUCACAUGCCAUGUAGAAAUAUCUACUCUUGGAACAUCAUUAUUGGUGAGUUUUCUCGGUCGUGUUUUCCCGAGAAAUCUUUAGACUUGUUUCUUCAUAUGUGGAGGGAAUCCCAUGUUCGACCCGAUGACUUCUCGCUUCCUCUUGUUUUGCGGGCGUGUGCUGGUUCGGGAUCUGUGGAACUAGGGAGUUCAGUGCAUGGGUUGUGCGUGAAAACGGGUUGGGCCGUGAGUUUGUUUGUUGCAUCGGCGUUGGUUUUUAUGUACGUUACUUUUGGCAAUUUGUUUUAUGCUAGAGUGUUGUUUGAUGGAAUGUCUAAGAGAGAUGCGGUGUUAUGGACAGCAAUGCUGGCUGGUUAUGCUCAACAUGGGGAACCAAUGUUUGGAUUGCAAGUUUUUAGGAAGAUGGUUGAUAUGGAUGUCAAGGUUGAUGGGGUUGUUAUGGUGAGCUUGCUUUUGGUGUGUGGUCAAUUGGGGUGGUUAAAACACGGAAAAAGUGUUCAUGGGUGGUGUCUUAGAAAUUGCUUGGCAUUCGAAUUAAGCUUAGGGAACGCUAUAGUUGAUAUGUAUGUUAAAUGUGCAGCACUAGCUUAUGCGCACAGUGUUUUCGAUGAAAUGAGUGAAAGAGACGUGUUUUCUUGGAGCUCUUUGAUUUUGGGUUACGGAUUGAGCGGCAAUGUUAGUGUUGCUUUGGCGCUUUUUGAUCAGAUGCAUAUGGGAGGGAUUAAGCCCAAUGAUGUAACAUUUCUUGGUGUCUUAUCAGCGUGUGCCCAUGGUGGCUUGGUGGAGGAAGCACGUUCCUACUUCAAAAUGAUCAAAGACUAUGGACUGGUGGCUGGAUUCAAACAUUAUGCUAGUAUGGUUGAUUGUCUAGGGAGAGCUGGGCUUUUGGAAGAGGCAGAGAGGUUUAUGGAAGAUAUGCCCAUGGAACCUGAUGAAGCAGUGCUAGGUGCAAUAUUAGCGGGAUGUAGAGUUCAUAAUAAUGUUGAGGUUGGAGAACGAAUUGCAAAGAAAUUAAUUAGGUUGAAGCCAGAGAAAGCUGGAUAUUAUGUGCUCUUGUCCAACAUGUAUGCAGCAGCUGGUAGAUAUGACGAGGCUGAGAUAAUUAGAGACUUGAUGAAAGAAAAGAACGUCUCUAAGGUACCUGGGUAUAGCUUGAUUGAAUCAAAGAGUUCUUUUCCUCUAUCACAAAAUGAAGAUCUGGAUUUUCUUGAAGUCUGAUGAGUGAUUUUGUGUGAUAUAUUUACAAUCGCUCCGGUUGCUUUGUUGGAGUAAGAUACAAAAACAGAGUGCAUCAGCGUCCGGAGACAAGAAGCCGUCAUGCAAUGAAGAGGAUUGGUUCCGCCUUUUGGGGUUCAUUGGUUCAGAUGUACCUUUGAGUCACGCUCACAUGCAAUCACCGAGUGGAGGAGUGAGUAGUCCUUAUUGGCAUACCUUGCUUGUGCUAUCCUUUUUUACGAUCCUUAAUUUAUAUUUUUUUUGGUCCUGUAAAACAAAAGUUACUGGUAGAAUUAAUGUUUUUUUUUUUUCAGAAAAUAAUUGAUUAAAGAGAAUGUGCAUAAAGAUUUGAUUUUUUUUUUAUUAUUUUGUUGUUGAUAUUAUUUCACUAUAUAUAAUUUUAUGAAUUUUAACAUUUA